CUCUGCUUCCCAGGAACGGGUUCGGAGGCUAAGUUCCCAUGCUUACCAGAAGAGGCGGGACCUAACAACCUAUUGGUCAAUAGGCGAUGAGAAAUACUAUUGUGCAUAUCCUCUCAUGACUCCCUUCCUCAGUGGCCAUUUUCCCUGAAGACACCAAGACACCUUGAAGAACAGCCCGGGCUGCACAAAGACAUCCAGCAUGUCUUCAGAAGACGUUGUCGAUUACUCACCCCAUCAUCCUGAGCCGGCUCCGACAGUCGCCACUGCUUCCAAUCUCAUUCUCAUUGACAACUAUGACUCCUUCACCUGGAACGUUUACCAGUAUCUCAUCCUCGAAGGCGCCAAAGUCACUGUUUUCAGAAAUGACAAGAUCACCGUGGAGGAGCUCAUUGCCAAAAAGCCGACCCAAGUGAUCAUCAGCCCGGGACCCGGUCACCCCACCAGCGAUUCCGGAAUCAGUCGGGAUGUCAUCAGGCACUUCGCAGGGAAGGUCCCUAUCAUGGGGGUUUGCAUGGGCCAACAAUGCAUCUUCGACGUAUAUGGCGGCGAUGUCAGCUAUGCCGGAGAGAUCCUCCACGGCAAGACUUCGCCCCUGAGCCAUGACUCCAAGGGCGUCUAUGCUGGUCUCCCCCAGGACCUCCCAGUAACCCGUUACCAUUCAUUGGCGGGCACUCACGUCACUCUCCCCGAGUGUCUUGAGAUUACCUCCUGGAUUACCAAGGACGACGGCUCCAAGGGUGUUAUCAUGGGCGUACGCCACAAGGAAUACACAGUUGAGAGUGUACAGUUUCACCCAGAGAGCAUCUUGACUGCCGAAGGCCGAGUGAUGCUCAAGAACUUCCUUCGGUUGCAAGGGGGGACUUGGGCCGAGAAUGAUCGGCUACUCCAAUCGACUGCCUCCCGAAAUGAUGCCAUCGCGGCGGCAAAGGCUGGUGAUGGGGCAAAGAGCAAUAUCCUCCAACAGAUAUAUGCUCAUCGGAAGGCUGCUGUGGCCGCACAGAAGCUCAUUCCCGCCCAGAGACAAGCCGAUUUGGAGGCAGCUUACAGACUCAACGCAGCACCGCCUCAGAUAUCGCUUGUCGAUCGGCUGCGGCAGUCCCCCUUCGACGUCGCACUAUUGGCGGAGAUCAAGAGGGCGUCCCCGUCCAAAGGAGUAUUUGCCCUUGAUAUUGAUGCUCCCUCUCAGGCUCGCAAGUAUGCCCUUGCUGGAGCCAGCGUCAUCUCGGUCCUCACUGAACCCGAAUGGUUCAAGGGCAGCAUCGAGGACCUGAGGGCGGUGCGACAAGUUCUCGGCGGGAUGCCGAACCGCCCCGCGAUUCUCCGGAAAGAGUUCAUCUUUGAAGAAUACCAGAUUCUUGAGGCGAGGUUGGCUGGCGCUGAUACGGUUCUCCUGAUCGUCAAGAUGCUCGACACAGACCUCCUAGAGCGGCUCUACAAGUACUCAGUAUCACUAGGCAUGGAGCCUCUGGUUGAGGUGCAAAACGCCGAGGAGAUGACGACAGCAGUGAAGCUGGGGGCCAAGGUCAUUGGAGUCAAUAACCGCAACCUGGAGAGCUUCGAGGUCGAUCUUGGCACCACCGGCCGGCUGAGGAGUAUGGUUCCGCCAGAGACGUUCCUCUGCGCCCUCAGCGGGAUCAACAACCACCAGGAUGUCCUGGAUUCCAAGAAGGACGGCGUCAACGGCAUUCUCGUUGGUGAGGCCAUCAUGAGAGCACCAGAUGCCUCGCAGUUCAUUCGGCAACUGUGUUCGGGGCUCACUGGCCCCGUCCCUCUCGCCACCCCUAGGUCUUUGCUUGUGAAGAUCUGCGGGACGCGAAGCGCGGAGGCGGCAGUCGAAGCCACCAAGGCUGGUGCGGAUCUAAUCGGGAUGAUACUUGUCCCGGGGGCGAAGCGCACCCCACCACACGAGACGGCACUGGCAAUAUCAAAAGCCGUACACGGCAAUAGCACUCAAGCUACGGCUACCGAGGCCUCCAAGUCGUCGGGGGUUGCCACCGAUUUCUUCGCCUUCUCCGCGCGGGCCGUGGCAAGCCGGCGGCCACUUCUUGUCGGCGUCUUCCAGAACCAGCCCCUGGAAGAGAUCCUAGAGAAGCAGAGGAUUUACGAACUCGAUGUCGUCCAAUUACACGGCGACGAACCGAUCGAAUGGGCGAGCCUCAUUCCGGUCCCGGUUAUUCGGAAAUUCAAGCCCGGCCAGCCCGGGCUCGGGCUCCGCGGGUACCACGCUCUGCCCCUUCUAGAUUCCGGCUCUGGGUCAGGGAAGCUCCUAGAUGAGUCAUCUGUAGCAGCGACUCUGGAGCAGGAUGAGGGCUUGCAAGUCUUGUUAGCUGGGGGCUUGAAUCCGGACAAUGUUGCGGAAUUGGUGAAAAGCUUGGGUUCCGUCUCGGUAAGAAUUGUCGGCGUCGACGUCAGCAGCGGAGUAGAAGAGGGGGGCAAGCAGAGUCUGGAAAAGAUCCGGGCGUUUGUGGAAGCUGCGAAGGCUGUAAGGUAGUCAGUCAGUCACUUGCCUUGGGCUGAUAAAGUACGCGAUCUAGCUUAACGGCCGAGCUUGACAUGAUCUAGUUUUAUCAUCAGUCUCGGCCUUUUACAAUGAUCGCUACAAUCUAUACCUCGGUCGAAGAUUGGUAGCAGUCGCUGUUCAAGAGGCUUGGAUAAUACAUCCAUAACCCGACUCGCCUGUCCUAGACCAGC